UGGGUUUGAGCUUCAAGGCAAGAACCCGCUAGUAGACUACAGCAGAGGCUGAACACGGAGCUCCGCAACCUAGAAAACCCUCCUAGCAACUCACAAUCCUCUUUAUCAGCUAGCGAUACAUAAUGCGAGAGAGUUAUGUCAAGGUAGUAACUUGUUAUUUGUAGUUGCAAACUCCUUCAAGCUCGUGCCAGUGGCGCGCCGACCGCACGUCUCAGAAAAUGUCCGCACGGCCGCCAUGGCGCGACGCACCGCGUGGAGAAGCCGCCGACGCAGCACUGCAGUCUCUCCCCUCCGCGGCGGCGUUCGGCUCCUCUUAUGCUCCCUCGUCCUCGCCACUCUCCUCCUCUGCCCGCCCUUGCCCCGCGGCGUGUUCGCCUGUGACGCGAUCCAAGCUGAGCCCACUUCCCCGCUCGCCGCUCACAUCCCUGCCCCGCCGUCGACCAGCAGCCACCGCACGGGUACCUGGGACGAUUGGCACGGAGAGAGCGAGGGGCCCGCUGCACGACACGGCGCGUCGCUGCUGCUGCUGCUGCUGCCGGGGCAGGAAGGGUUGGGGCAGGAAGAAACGAGCGACGGCGGCAAGACAGACGACACGCAGAAAAGGACAGCAGAGGCAGCGGCAGCGCCGACAGAGGGGUCAAGCGCAGCGGCAGCGGCGGCAGUGUCCGUUCCAGCGGAGCCGUCAACGGCGCACUGCUUCUGCCCCAGCGACGACUGGGACGACGACUUGCAGCCGCGCACCGACGCAUGGGCCGCGGAGGACGAGCGUGGGGAGGGGUUAUCUGGGGUCGGUGAGACGGGCCACAGCAGCGAUACCAGCGUUGUAACGCAUGGAGCGGGUGACCAUUCAGGGCUGGCGGCAUCGGUGCUGCGACUGCCUAGUGAGAGCGGGGCGCGCGACGUGCGGACGGCGGUCAAGGCGGACAGCAGUCGUGGCAUCGACAGCACGCUGGGUCUCCGCUGGGGUCGAAGUGACGAACGCCGUAGCGACGGGCUGAACGCGGGGGGCGUGAGGGAAGGAGCGGAUGAGGUGGCGGCGACGGCUGUGUGUGACGGGAUGCACGCGUGCAAGGGCGGAUCGGAGGGAGCAGCGGGUUUGGUGUUGCCUAGCUCGCAACUUGCGCGCCGGCCGUCAGUAGAACCGAGCAGCGAGAGUGAGGAAGGGAGAGACGAUGGCAGUAGCGAGCUAGGGCCUGGACGUGCAAACGAUUUCGGAGUUUCUGAGGAUCACAUAUCUGCCACGCGUCAGCAACAGGGAGAAGAGCCGCGGUGGCAACAGACAGCGAAGAGCAGGCAGCAGCAGCAGCACGAUGGCUCUUUCUUGCAGGAGUCAGCGCAACUGCUUUUGCUUCCUCAUGCGAGCAGCCAACGAGACCCAACUUACGACCCUGGCCUAAGCGACGGCAGCACGCAUGAGUCGAAAGCGCGUUUUGCGCUCAUCGACGGCGUCACCUCAGCAAGUCGCCCCACGUACAGCAUUCUAACCACGGCGCUGUCGUCUGACCCGCACUUGAACGGCAACGGCAUCAGGAAGCGAGUGAGGCACGAGCAGCGUCGCCUGCUCGCGCUCUACGCCCGCCGCAUGUCCGGGCCUGGCCGCUGGGUGGGGCCCAUUCCCGACGUCCCCAACGGCGGCUCCUGGGUCUUUGCGCCGCUGCGCUCCCCCCUGCACGUGCGCUCCUUGGCGCAGAUCCCACACAGCUUCCCCCUGUUCGACGCGGCCGCCGCGUGCCAUCUGUCUCUGGUGGUCACUGACGCCGACUCCUUCCGCCGCUGGCUGCCCGACUCGUCCGGGGGGGGGGCGCCGCCUACUAGCGUGGAUCAAUCGGGGUUUGGUGGGGGCGGGGGGGGACUGGUGGGUAACACAGUGGCAGCGAACGCAACUAGCGCGGCCACGCUGGCGGAGAACGAGCGGCCGCGGACUUCAGUGCCGCCUGGCCUUCCCGCUCCCCUCGCACCUCCUGCGCCUCCUGCGCUUCCCCCAACCCCACAACCGCCACCGGCACAGGCGGUGGCGAGAAGGCGGAGCGACGAUGCGCCGCUGGUGGUGCUGAGCAUGAGCAGCUUCUCCACUGGCGCGGGCGCGGGGCCGAUGGCUGGGAAGCAGGGCACUGUGGUGCAGCUGUGGGCGGAGAGAGACGACGGCGAGGGGGGGGAACAGGCGGACCUGGGGCUCGAUAUGGGGUUCGGGUUGGGGCUGGGGUUGGGGGGAAUAAAGCAGCGCGCGGCGGAAGGGGCGCGGGAAGAUGUUGGGGGAGAGGGGAGUGGGGAGAGGAGGAGAGUGCUGGUCGACCACGUAUGCGGCGGCCUGGGCGGGUGGCGGCAGCAGGGGGGUGAGGGAGCGAGCGAGAGGCUAUUAGGGGCUGGGGAAGGGGAAAGCGGGGAGAGGGAGAGUGGGGGGGAGCGGGCGAGCAAGGACGAGCGCGAGUGGGCAUUGCGGUGGACGAUGUGGAACGUCCACGGCGCGGACGGCGCUGAGCACGGCGGGCAAGGGGACGGACUGCCUGGGGACUGGCCGGCACUGGCGGAAGGCGAGGCAGCGAGGCUGGAUGCGCUGAUCAUGGAGCAGCUGAGGGGAGAAGGAGAAGGAGGGGGGACUGACAUGGAGAGGGGUGGGCGACUGAUGACGGAAGAGGCAGGGGCAUUCUUACAUGUCCAGGCGCAAGCAGAUGGGCGACAAGGCAGGAACGCUGUAGAGGACGGCGGUGCCGUGGAGACCACUCGUCGCUCAGCACCGCCCCAUACCGCUCUGGAAACCUCACUGCCGUGGAGCGGUCGGCAGUCGCUGGAUGUGGAGGUGGCCAAGGAGGAGAUCGAGGCGGCCAUCGCCGCGGCGCUGGACGCGGCGCACCACCAGCGCGUGCUGGAGGCGCUCAACAUCUUCGCACCCGUGGUGCGCGUCGUCGCGCCGCACAUGCCGCCCAUCACGCUCGCGGAGCGCCUGGCGAAGGCGCGCUCGCUGCACCCGCUGCUGGCGCACCUGCUGCGCCUGGAGGUGCGCAUCCACGAGGUGCAGCUCGUCGUGCGCGCAGGCGCCAAGCCCCCCCCGCCGCCCGCCAGCGGGGUGCGCGGAAGCAACCUGUCGGCGCUGACGCGAGGGCACUUUGAUGUGUGGAGCGCGGGGAGUGGCAAGCAGCUGGCGGCGGGGAAGGUGCUGCAGCAGUGGGAUGCGUACGACGUGCUCAACGUGCAGUCGGGCGACGUGGAGCGCGGCUGGCGCUUCUCCUCCCUCGCUUAUAACUUCGAACCCGUCAAACCACCACACCCCCCGCCCCCGCCCUCCCCGCCGCAACCCCCUAAGCCACCGUCCCCUCCGCCGUUUCCUCCGCCUUCGCCCUCGCCCCCACCCCCGUCCCCUCCGCCUCCUGCCCCUCCGCCACCCCCGUCACCUCCGCCACACCCUCCUCCGCCCAGCCCGCCUCCCCAGCCGCCGCCCCCUCACCCUCCGCCCUCUCCUCCUCCUCCCCCCCUGCCCCCACCCCCUCCGCCACCACUACCGCCGCCCUCUCCCCCGCCUCCUUCCCCUCCUCCUUCGCCCUCUCCCCCAUUCCCACCUCCUCCUUUCCCUCCACCCAGCCCCCCUCCCUCCCCGCCCCCACCUUCGCCCCCUCCUCCGCCAUCUCCACCGCCCCCUUCCCCUCCUCCGUCGCCUCCCCCACCCUCUCCUCCUCCACCUAGCCCCCCUCGCCCCCCUCCUUCCCCUCCCCCAUCUCCCCCUUCUCCCCCGCCGUUUCCCCCCCCAUCUCCCCCUCCCUCUCCCCCUCCUAACCCGCCCCCAUCACCUCCCCCGUCUCCGCCACCGUUCCCUCCCCCAUCCCCCCCUCACCCGUCUCCUCCCCCACCUCGCCCUCCGUUCCCCCCUCCUCGACCACCACCCCCAAACCCUCCCCCCUCGCCACCCCCGCCUUCGCCACCUCCACCGUCCCCGCCGCCCCCUCCGUCGCCCCCUCCCCCGCUGCCCCCCCUCUCCCCCGCAGAUGCGCGGCUGGGCAUCAUACAAUCCCUGGGCGAGUGGCAGAGGGCAGUGGCAGCGCAGCAGCUCACUGCCGCAGCGGACAUCUUCGCCCCCACGUGCCUCGUGCUCUCGCCGACCCGCCCGCUGCUCGCCCUCUCCUCCCUGGCAGACCGUGUGGCGGCGCUGCAAUUGCUGCCACCGGGGUGCGGCACGGAGCAGCUGUUCGCAGCAGUGCUGGCGGUGGGGGUGUUCAACGAGGUGGGCGACGACGGGGACCUGGGCGGGCCGUACCUGGUGCUCAGCACGGGCGUGCUCAGCUUCUCCGCGCCUGAUGGCGCUCUGCUGGACUCAGCUAAUGCCGUGGCGCUGUGGGAAGCCAGGACGCGGGAGGGGCAGGGUUGGGGUAGGGGUGGGGGUGGAGUGGGGGGGUUGGCAGGAGGGGAGGUGAUGGGAGCGGGUGUGUACAGAGAGGGGAGUGGUGCGAGAGUAGGGGUGUCAGAUGGGGUAUCGGAUUGGGGCGUCAGACACGAGGCAGCUCACAUAAGACAGCCAUUCCAGCAAGAGCAGAAUCUUAGGCGACAGCAAGGGCGUUUGAAGCUGCAGAAACAAGAGCAGCAGCAGCAGCAGGAGCAGUGGUGGCGGUCUCAUGGUGGCAGGCAGAACGGCCAGCUGUGGUCUGCGCGAGUGGUGAUAUGGAGUUCCCGGCUGUCAGCCUUUCCCCCAGGUCGAGGCCAAGGCACUGACAUCGAAGCCGCACUCAACCUGCUUUGGCUCAUGCCUCCACCCCCACCUUCCCCUCCCUCCUCUGCCUCCGCUCCACCUCGCCUCUCCCACUCACCUCUGCCUGGGGAGCCUCCCCUCUUGGCCACACUGCGGCACUCUUUCGUUCCACCUCCCCCAGUUGCAGCCUCCCUUGACUCACCCCUGCCAGCACCACCUUCAUUCGCACAGGUGGUUCCGCAGGUGCUGCACGUGGUAAAUACCCGGUUGUCUGGUAGAUCAGUAGGAACGGGCGUGGUGCCAGAAGCACCGGGAGAGAGAUACGCACAGGCACAUGCACAUGGGCAGGGACAGGGACAGGGGCAGGAAGGGGCAGAGGGUGUGGCACAAGGGGUGGUGGAAGGGGAGGGGUCGGGUUUGCUGCUGCAGGUGGUGCAGGAGGGCAGGCAGCACGCCGAGGGGGCUGCGAGGAGGCGAGCGCUGCUGGAGACAGGCGUGGAGGGGCACGAAGGGGUGGGGGGAGGGGUGGAUGGAUGGUUGCAAGGAAGAGAUUUGGAGGGAAAGGUUGGUAAGCAAUCAGGGGAAGAGAUGAGGCGGGGGAGCGGACGGUGUGACGAGAGCGCGCAGGGCAGGGGCGGAGGCAGGGAGCAGGGAGAGUUGCUGAUACGGCAGGUGGACGGCGUGUGCUGGGUGCAGGCACAGCAGCGGGCUGCGCAGGCAGAGGUAGAGCAUCAGGGAAGAGGUGCGCAGGGGCCAGGGUGGUGGGCGGGGGAAGCAGCAGGGAGGGCAGGGUUGGAGAGAUGGGUGAGGAAGGUGAUGCGGGCAGUGGCAAGAGUGGCGGUGGGGGGGGUGGUGUGGUGGCAGCAGGUGCAGGAGAUGAUGCUGUUGCUCGGCUCCAUGCAGUGUGCGACUCAGCUGCAGAGACAAGGUUGGGAAGUGGGGGGGUGUGAAAGAGGGGAGGGCGGAAGCACUGACGGCAACAGUGGGGGUGGUGAGAAGGUGCGGAGUGGUGGCAUGCAGCAGCACAGGCAUGGGUUGAAGGCACCGCUGCUCAUCGUUCCGUUCACUGGCGAAGGAACGAGCAGCCCUGCAGGAGCUGCUGGUGCCACGGCGACGGCUGAGGGGACAGCGAAUGUGCAUGCCAGCCGCCUCACUGGGGCUGCACUUGAAGCUGAAGCUACAGCGCAUGGCAUGGAAGCCCCAUGGCCGCCCGUGCGUUCCUCCACGAGCACCACCACCUCUCUCACUGCACCUCACCCCCUCACCCUCCCCUCACCAUCGUCCCCGCCCCCACCCACUCUCCGCCCUUCCCCCCUGCAAGCCAACGCCUCGGCCAUUGUGGGCGAGAUCGCCCUCUCCCUGCGCUGCUGGUGGCGCCACGUGCAGGCGCACCAUGAGCAGCGCGCUGCUGCCAUCUUCGCGCCCCUCGCGUCGCUCACUGCCCCCGGCCACGACCCCCUGCUGCUGCCCGACCUGCCUGCCAAGCUCGCUGCUCUCAAGCCCUUCCUGGACGGCCGUGCCGUGCUGAGGGUGCAUCUGGGGGAGGCGCAGCUGGUGAAGCGCGGUGUGCAGGAGGGGCUGGCAGUGGCCGUGGUGGCGCAGGGUGGGUUUGAGCUGAGCUGGCGGGGCGUGCAGCGGGAGUUCACACUGCCUGGGAAGGGAGUCAUGGUGUGGGAGCCCAGAGAGGCACCUGUGGGGGGGGCACAGACGGACGGAGAAGCAGAGUUGCACGGGGAGAGGGUUGGUGGAGGUGGCAGGGGAGUUGACGGGGUUGGAAGAGAAGGGAGUGAGGGUGAGUGUGGAGGAGAUGCCAGUCAGUGGAUGCUGCGAAUGGCCGUAUGGAAUUACGACUAUGAGCUCGCUCCUUCUCCCCCUUCUCCACCGCCCCCUGCUCCCCUAACCCCACCAACCAGCCCCUCGCCUCCCUUGCCACCCUCUCCGCCUCCCCCAACAUCACCACCUCCCCCACCGCCCCAAUUGCCUCCUCCAAACCCCCCGCCACCCUCCCCUUCUCCCCCUCCCCCUUCCCCCCCUCCUUCUCCGCCUUCCCCUUCUCCGUCUCCUCCUCCUCCUCCUCCCCCUUCUCCGCCUCCCCUUCUCCCCCUCCCCCUUUCCCCCCUCCCCCUUCUCCCCUCUCCCUUCUCCCCCUCCCCCUUCUGCUCCGCCUCCCUCUCCUCUGCACCCAUUUCCUCCCCCACCUUCUCCUCCCCUUCCUCCGAAAUCCCCCCCCCGCCAUCCCCUCAGCCGCAGUCUCCCCCUCCGCCGUCUCCAAACCCACCCUACCCCCCUUCCCCACCCACUCCUCCAUCUCCUCCCCCACCCUUUCCACCUCCCCUCUUUCCCCCUUCAUCCCCACCCCCACCUUUCCCCCCUCCACCGCUUCCCCCUCCCCCAUCUCCCCCCCCUCCAUCCCACCCUCCUCCAUCUCCCCCACCGCGCAGGCCUCCGCCUCCUCGUCCCCCGUUUCCUCCUCCCUUUCCUCCUCAUCCCCCCCUCCACCUCCGCACUCACCUCCCCCAUCCCCUCCACUUCCCCCUCCGCCCCCUUCCCCCUUACUCCCAAUCCUCCUCCCUCUCCCCCUCCUCCUCCGCGUCCCCCUCCCUCCCCUCCUCCUUCUCCUCCCUCUCCCCCUCCGUCUCCUCCCUCCCCUCCUCCCUCUCCUCCUCCCUCUCCUCCUUUGCCUCCUCCCUCUCCCCCUCCAAAUCCUCCUCCCUCUCCCCCUCCGUCCCCUCCUCCAUCCCCUCCUCCCUCUCCUCCUCCAAAUCCUCCUCCCUCCCCUCCUCCCUCUCCCCCUUCCUCCCCUCCUCCCUCUCCCCCUCCUAACCCUCCUCCCUUUCCCCCUCCCUCUCCUCCUCCCUCUCCUCCUCCCUCUCCUCCUCCCUCUCCUCCUCCCUCUCCUCCUCCCUCUCCUCCUCCCUCUCCCCCUCCCUCUCCUCCUCCCUCUCCUCCUCCCUCUCCUCCUCCCUCUCCUCCUCCCUCUCCUCCUCCCUCUCCUCCUCCCUCUCCUCCUCCCUCUCCUCCUCCCUCUCCUCCUCCCUCUCCUCCUCCCUCUCCUCCUCCCUCUCCUCCUCCCUCUCCUCCUCCCUCUCCUCCU